AUCACCACAACCCAGCCUUCCUCCUUGAAUCGAGCAUAACCAGCGAACCUCACCAGUGCCAUCACCAUCGCCAUGUCUUCCUAUCAUCCUGCUCGGCUGCUCCGUCCGCAAGGGAUAGUCGUCCACGAAAAAUUCCCAAUCAGGUGCACCAAAGGCUGCAACUUCGUCGACAAAGAGAGGGAGAUUCAAAUUUUGGACUCACUUCAAUCGCGCAACAACUGCAAAGAACUGCUUGGGAUGAAAACAUAUCUAGAUAUAGCGGUGAUGGAAAAUGGCAUGCAAGGAAGUAGAUGGCCGGACAUUGUCGUGAGUUCGUGGCCUAUCAUUGAUUAUGAAGUGCCACGGCAAACAGAUGGUUGUUCUUGUGCUCUAUGGAUGUUGAAAAACAGUCAACACUGGACUAGAGUAAGACUGACAGCGAUACCCAACCAGCAUGGCAUCCGACAGUUUAGAAAAUGGAUUGUUGUUGCCCUGAUAAAUUCACCUCACAACAAGUCGAAAGUGCGGAAGGCCAAACCAGCGAACGAUUUAGUAGACCUCGACCUUGGAGGAGACUACGGAGACAACAAUGUACGUUACGGUUUAGGAGGCGAUGAUUCCGCACUGUAGUGGUGUGGUUUGGUGCUAGACUUGGUGUAGAGUUAAUAGGGUUGGGCGUGGUGUGGAUUUAGCCAUGUAGAAGGUUUCCACACUAUAUUCAAUUAUGUUAAA